GGAGGGAGGCGGGAAGGAGGAGGAGGAGGAGGGAGGGAGCCGCGGCCGCUCUCGGCGCGCCAGCAUGGAGCGGAGGAGCAGCAGCAGCAGCAGCAGCCCGCCCGCCGCCGAGAAGGAGGGCGAGCCGGCGGAGGAGGAGGAGGCGGAGGAGGCGGAGGAGGCGGAGGCGCCCCCGGACUCGCCCCCGUUCUUCCUUCUCUACCCGGGCCGGGGAGGCGCCGCCGCGCCGGGCUUGCGGCCGCAGAGCGCCUGGAGAGCCGCCCCGCCGGGCCCGUGCGGCGUCCCGCUGCCCGUCCUGCUGAGUUACGUCGGGCCAGAGCCGGGGCAGUACCGGAGCGGCGACGUCGAUCCCAAUUAUCUCAUGGCUAAUGAACGCAUGAACCUGAUGAACAUGGCUAAGCUGAGUAUAAAGGGCUUGAUUGAAUCCGCACUUAAUCUCGGCAGAACGUUGGACUCUGACUAUGCACCCCUUCAGCAGUUUUUUGUAGUAAUGGAACACUGCCUUAAACAUGGUUUAAAAGCCAAGAAGACUUUUCUGGGCCAAAACAAGUCAUUUUGGGGACCUCUGGAGUUGGUAGAGAAGUUUGUCCCUGAAGCUGCAGAGAUCACAGCUAGUGUGAAAGAUCUUCCAGGGCUGAAGACCCCUGUGGGCAGGGGGAGAGCCUGGCUCCGACUAGCACUAAUGCAGAAGAAACUUUCAGAGUAUAUGAAGGCCCUGGUCAACAGAAGGGAACUUCUCAGUGAAUUUUAUGAACCGAACGCGCUCAUGAUGGAGGAGGAGGGUGUCGUAAUUGCUGGCCUCUUAGUAGGCCUGAACGUCAUUGAUGCCAAUUUCUGUAUGAAGGGUGAAGACUUGGACUCUCAGGUCGGCGUUAUUGAUUUUUCUAUGUACUUAAAGGAUGGAAGUAGUAGCAAAGGCACUGAGGGAGAUGGUCAAAUUACUGCAAUUCUGGACCAGAAGAAUUACGUAGAAGAACUCAAUAGACAUUUAAGUGCCACUGUCAACAAUCUGCAGGCAAAGGUUGAUGCUUUAGAAAAAUCCAACACAAAACUUACUGGGGAGCUUGCUGUUGCAAACAAUAGAAUUAUAACACUGCAAGGAGAGAUGGAGAGAAUCAAAGAAGAAAGUUCAUACAUGAUGGAGUCCAACAGAAAGGUAACCAAACAGGACAGAACUGCAGAUGGGCACGCCUUGAGCGAAGCACGGAAACAGCUGAAGGAGGAAACGCAGCUACGGCUGGAUGUGGAAAAAGAACUGGAGGUGCAGAUCGGAAUGAGGCAAGAAAUGGAGCUGGCCAUGAGAAUGCUGGAGAAAGACGUUUGCGAGAAGCAAGACGCCCUGGUGGCGCUCAGGCAGCAACUGGACGACCUCAGGGCCCUCAAACAUGAACUUUCUUUCAAGCUGCAGAGUUCAGAUCUGGGAGGGAAACAGAAAGCUGAGCUAAACAGCCGCUUGGAGGAGAAGACGAAUCAGAUGGCUGCGACCAUCAAACAACUUGAACAAAGAUUGCAGCAGGCAGAGAAAGGGCGCCAGUCCCUGGAGGAGGACAACCGUCUCUUCAAGCAGGAGUUCGGGGAGAAGAUCAGCAGCCUUCAGCUGGAGGCGGAGCAGCUCAGGAAGCAGCGGAGCCAACUCGAACAGGAAUUGAAACGGGUACGAGACCGGGGGUCGCCUUCUCGCUACGGGGUUCAGGAGAACAAGAGCUCGCAUGGCCAAGGCAAGGACUUCCCAAAGACCGGGUCAAAAAUGGAUCCUGGAAGCAAACUCCUGGAGGGAGAUUCUCCGUGGAGAACGCCCGUGAAGCAGGAGAACGCAGUGCUUCCCGUCAAGGCUCCACCUAGUGGACAAGAAGGGCACGAGCAGACUGCCGGCCCCGGGAAGUCAGAGCUGUGCCAAUUGUGUCAGGAAGAAAGCACUCGGAGCCAAAAGAAGAACGUUUGCAAGAACUGCGGCGGGAUCUUCUGCGAGGCCUGCUCUGCGAACGAACUGCCUCUCCCGUCCAGCAUCAACCCGGAACGUGUCUGCAACCGGUGUCACAAGCACUUGAUGCAGCAGUAUUCUGCAAGCCCCUCAUAAAGACCAGGGAAUGAAUGCGCUGCCAAAUGUUGCUCGUGCGCGCUGGCCGAGCUCCACUGUGAAACGCUGUGUCUUCCAAAUGUCUCUGCAGCCGUUUGGAGAGAUUUUUGAGAGCGCUCCUGCAGAACCAGAGAGCCCCGGGGUGUGCUAUAAUUGCAUCGGCAAUCAGCCUUCUAACUGUAAAUGUUUAAGGACCCUUGGUGAACCAUCCUUGGAAGAGUUUUGCCCGGUCUCCUGUCUCUGCUGUGAAGGUGUUCUGUGCUCUUGAGCAUCUACAUUGGGAGCCGAGUGCUGCGUGUUGUUUGUCUUUGCAGGCACAAAAGACACUGUUGAACUGCUUGUCCAUGAAUCGGGAGGCACAACAGAGUGCCCAGCAAGGGGCAAGAGUGCAAACCAUGAGCCUGUGGAAAGACACGUGACAGGGGUCUUUUCUCUCCAGUGUACUUCUCCUGGGAAGGCAGCUGUGCACAUGGGCAUGUCUUGCACUCGUUCCUGGAAGCCAGGCGAACUAGACAGGUCCAGCAUAAGCCACAUGUACUUCCUUGCUUGUUUAUGGGGCUCACACACUCACCUGACUUCCUAAGAGGGAGCUAGUGAAUGCACAGACUCAUGCGAUCUGUAAUAUCUCUGAGUUGCACAGCUCUCUCAGAGUGGGGAGGCAUUUGCUAACCAGUGGAUACAGGGCACCUAUUCGUAUUCUGUUUUUAAAGCAGCCUCUCUGGAUCACCUCGUUGGGAGGCCCGGAGAUGGAAUUGCGUAACUCCUGAAAACAAAUUAGAGGCAACUGUGUCCAGUUAGAGAGCGCCCCCCCCACCCCCAGAGCUGUUAACUUUGACCUGUUUCUGCCAAUUAACUUUUGUUGAGGCUCUGAUUUUGCAGAUGUGCUGCUCAAAAAAAAAAAGGAAACGAAUUCCACCAAGCUCCUUGAGGGAGAACGUGUGAUGUGUGAAUUGCACUGCAUUUUUUUUUUAAAACCUGCACAGUUGUCGGCAAGUUUGCUAUCGAAAAUUUGGCCAAGAUCUUUUCCUUUCUAAACUGCCCAGGAGUAGCCUAAGACACCGGUUUUUGCGGGACCUCUAGGGGGCGCCAGCCAAUUGUGAAUUCUCUGAGCCACUGGAGUGGAACUUGAAUCCUGAAUGUUUUGCCUGCUUAAGUGAAAAACUGCACCGUUUGCGCAUCGAGGCUGUAGAGGCAGUAGGACCGUAUGGAUUUGCUCAUGAAAAAAACUAGGGUGAUUUCAUAGAGAGAAGGUGGGUAAUUUCGUCACUGUAAGCUAAUGGAUUUUAGGAAGGUCAGCAGCGUGUUACACUUCUUAACAGAGCGCUGGCCGCUUCGUAGUUCCAAAGAGGCUGCCGCUUCUCUUGGGCCUUUCUGCAGCCAUCUUGGUGAACCACAUCACAUGCUCUGUGGGCGGAGGGCCCGCUAACUGGAAACUUGCAGCAUGUAAUUGAAUGUGUCGGCGGCUAGUGUUUCACUGCUGUUAUGUUUAUGUUGUGCGGACAAUCAAAUG